AGCAGCACUGGAGGGUGUGGCCAACCUGGCAAACCCAGUCAGGUGUCAGUGACAGCAGCAGGGUGAAGAGCCUCCACCCUGAAGCAGAAGCAGCAGGAAAAGUUUUCAGCAGCAGAGACACACGGUCGACCCUCUGCUCACCUGGACAGUCCAACCAUGGGGUCGUUCUCUCCUCGUCUUCCUCUUCUCCUCGUCUCCUUCUUCACCCUGUUGGUCGAUAUAGAAACAGCCUCAGAAUUCAAGAUCUGUGCCUACAAUGUGGAGAAAUUUAACUCUGCGAAAGCAUCGGACUACAGAUUGCUACACACUGUGACACGGAUUGUGUCUCGCUGUGAUAUCUGUCUCCUGCAGGAUGUGGUGGAUUCUGAAGCCAUCACUACUCUGCUGGCUGCUCUCAACAGGUAUGACAAGUACAGAUACCAGUCAGUGUCCAGUAAGAGUCUGGGAAACUCUCCCGACGACAUGCAGCAGUACGUUUUCAUCUACAGGGUGGGGAAUGUGAAUGUGACGGGGCAGCAUCAGUACCAGAAGAAACAGUCCUUCGUCAGAGAGCCGUUUGCCGUUCAGUUCCAAAGCAAGAAAACUGCAAUCAAGACGUUUAUUCUGGUUCCUCUGCACUCUAAUCCCAGUCAAGCCGUCCAGGAGAUCGACCGGCUCUACGACGUUUUUGAGGAAGUCAGCAAGAAAUGGAACAACAAGAAUGUGAUGUUUCUGGGAGAUUUCCACGCCAGCUGUGCCUACGUGACCCGAGCCGACAGGAAAAACAUCAGAAUGUUCAACAACAAGGAAUUUUCCUGGCUGAUCAGAGACAAAGUGGACACCACCGUCUCCACCGACACCAACUGUGCUUUUGACAGGAUCGUGGUUCAUGGGAAACCCUUUCUGAGCGCCAUCAUGCCGCUCUCUGCCAAAGCCUUCAACUAUGUCAAAGACUUCAAACUAACCAAGAGCAAGGCGCAGCAGAUGAGCAACCACUUACCUGUGGAGGUGAGGCUAAAAAGCUCCGCCCUUCUCCUACAGGCCACGCCCCUCCUGAUCCUCAUCGGUGUCUCAGCGAUCGUCCAGUCCUUCCUGUCCGCUCUGUGAUCGACUGCUUCAGUCUUUGUCGGCCUUUUUUUUUU